AUGAGGAGUAUUCUGAAGAGAAGGCAAACGAACUCAAAGGAAGAAGGCAUGCAGCGGCUUUUUUAUACCCUGCGGCCUCCAGGGACUCCUCAGGGGCCCUGGCUUAUCUUUAACCCCAGCAGAUCAUACGCUGCUGCUGCUGCUGCUGCUGCUGUUGCGUUGCCGCAGCAGCAGCAGCAGCAUCAGUAUCUGCAGGGGCUGCAGCAGCAGCAGCACUACCAGCAGCAGCAGCAACAGCAGCAGCAGAAGCAGCAGCAGCAGCAGCAUGUCUUAAGCCCUCGAGCGCGUUAUUUGCUGCUGCGAAAAAAUAUGAAGAAAUGUACAGAGCAGCAGGAGCAGCGGCAGCGGGAGCAGCAGCAGCAGCGUGCAGCAGCAGCAGCAGCAGCUGCUGCUGCUACUGCUGCUGCUGCUGGGGGCUCGGACCUUCAGGUCGUCGCUGCUCCACCUGCAGCAGCAACAGAACCAUCAGCAGGAGCAGCAGCAGCAACAGAACCAUCAGCAGCAGCAGCAGCAGCAGCAGCACGUGUUGCAGCAAUGAGGCAGCAGCACAGAAGACUGAAGAAGCGGAGAGCAGCAAAUCUACCGUACAGCCACUGGAGUUUUGUUGCACGCGGGAAUGAAGAACCUGUCUCUUGUGUUGCUGCUGCUGCUGCUGUUGCUGCUGCUGCUGCUGCUGCUGCCGGUGGCGCAGCUGCUGCAGACAUUGGCUACGGAUCAGCAGCAGCAGCAGCAGCAGCAAAAGUCUCAGCAGACUCUAUUUUCGAUGAAGACACAGGCGAGCCCUUAGAUAUAGAAGAUGCAGCAGCAGAUGCAGAAGCAGAUGCAGCAGCAGCAACAGCAGCAGCAGCAGCAGCAGCAACGGGGCCUGCUGCUUUUAUCUCUAAAGCCGCUAAAAACAAAAGAAACGCCUCAUGGGUUUUACCUGAAGAUAUAAAAACAGAGACAAAUAAAUUAAGAGCAAAACAAAUUAUAUAUUUGCAAUCUGCUGCUGCUGCUGUUCCCGCUGUUCCUGCUGCUGCUGAUGAUGACGCAGCAGCAGCAGCAGCCGCAGCAGCAGCAGAUCACCCCAACCCCACACCUCAGCUGCUUGGGGAGGCUCAGCAGCAGCAGCAGCAGCAGCAGCAGGAGCAGCAGCAGCAGCAGCAGCAGCAGGAGCAGCAGCAGCAGCCAAGAGUAUUUGAAUGGCCUCAGACUCCGGCUUCUUCCGGUGCUGCUGCUGCUGCUGCUGCUGCUGCUGCUCGUCGGGAGUGGUCCUUCAAAGGGCAGCAGAAGCAGCAGCAGCAGCAGCAGCAGCAGCAGUUAGUGGAGGUAUGGGCUAAUAGAGCAGCAGCAGAUGUCUCUUUUGCUGCUCCUCCAGCAGCAAGAAAGAAGGUGGAACCCCACAGGCUUAUUCAAUUCGCUAUACAACCUGUCUGUACACCCGAACAGCAGCAGCAGCAGAAGCAGCAGCAGCAGCAGCAACAACAGAAGCGGCAGCAGCAGGAGCAGCAACAGCAGCAGGUCAGCGGGGGAGAUGCUGCUCCUGCUGCUGCUGCUGCUCGAGGAGACAUAAUUCCAAGCCAGCUGGCUUGCAACAGCAGCAACAGCAGCAGCAGCAGCAGCAGCAGCAGCAGCGAGCGAGUUGAUUUGAUGGAUUCGGGUGCGCGUUUAGUUCGUCAGCUGAAGCAGCAGGCGCUGGCGUAUGCAGCAGCAGCAGCAGCAGCAGGACCAGCAGCAGCAGAAGAUAGUUUUGCUGCUGCAGUUGAUGAUGUAGCGAAUUACUAUCCCGGGAUAGAAAUGCGAAGGAGACAAGAAGAGCUUGCUGCUGCUGCUGCACUGUCUAUUGAAGAUCUUGUUGCUACAGGGAGGUGCAGCAGCGAGAAUGUAGCAGCAUUAAUAAAAGCUAAAGGAGAGAGGGGUGGGCUUGCUGCUGCAGUAGAGGUAUAUGAAGCAGCAGCAGCAGCAGGGCUGCGGCCUGACAGUGAGUGGUUUGUGUCUUUAAUAGGUGCAGCAGCAAAAGCACGUGAUGCAGCAGCAGCAAGACUUUUAUUUCUGAAGCUACGUUCUCUGCUGCUGCGCCCCACAGCUCGGGUGUAUGCAUCAUUAAUGCAUGCACAUGCAGCAGCAGGAGAGACAGAAGCAGCAGCAGCACUGCUGCAUAAGAUGGAAGCAGAAGGACUAAAACCAGACUGCGUUGUUUAUACUGUGCUGCUAAAUGCACUGAUUAAGAAGCAGCAGCAUGCAGCAGCAGAGCGCUGCUUUCAAGAUGCACGCACUUGGUCAGGUGUACAGCCCGAUGCAGUUAUGUUUACUUUAAUGAUUGAAAUGCAUGCAAGACGCAAACAAACAGAAAAAUGUUUAAACCUACUUGAAGAUAUGCGAGCUUCGGGUGUAUAUCCAACUGAUCUCACGUACACCGCACUUAUCUUUGCAUGCACUCAACGCAAAGAGUUUCUUAAAACUGCUUUUUCUUUUUAUUAUCAAAUGCAAGCAGAGGCUAUGCCUAUUACUCCACGAGUAUAUGAAGCCCUUAUACAGGGUUGCAGUCGCGCAGGAGAUGUUGGCUUGGCGCGGCGUUUGAUAGCGGAGAUGAUAGCCGCAGGUUUUAAUCUAUCUGUGUCUUCGUAUAACAGUUUGCUUUAUUUAUUUGCAGCUGCGAGCGCUCAGAAGAAUGCAGAUGAACAAGAGAAAGCAAAUAAUGUACGAUAUGCCUGGCAUGUGCUGCAGUGUAUGCGCAGCUGCCGCAUGCAGCCCCAAACACAAACCCUUAAUGCACUCAUUCAGGUGUACAGACAUUCCGGCUAUCAUCAAUAUGCUGUAGAUAUGCUGCAGCACUUCAAAGACUUCAACUUAAAGCCAAAUGCACAAACAUACGCAAUCCUACUCAGGAUGUUUGCGUUGGAUUUGAAGGACCCCGGCCGUUUUUUUGCGCUGUGGGAUUUCUUAAGACUAGAAAAUGACAACAACCUCAACCCCACCCUCGACAGCAGCAGCAGCAGCAGCAGCAGCAGCAACAGCAGCAGCAGCAGCAGCAGUGGGGGAAGCAGCGAGAGCAGCAGCAGCAGCAGCAGCGGAGACAGCGCGUUGUCGUCUGCUGCAGCAGAGACAGGGCAGCAUCAGGCUACCACCAGCAACAGCAGCAACAGCAGCGACAUCAUCAGCAGCAGCAGCAGCGACAUGAGCAGCAGCAGCAGCAGCAGCAGCAGCAGCAGCAGCAGCAAGAAUAAGUUGUCUCCUUUUACAAGCCCUUCUUUGCUGCGUCUGGCGCUGCAGGUUGCUCUGCAUAAACAAGUUGCAGUUUUAUUUGUUUAUAAAAAGCUCACAAAAGAAGAAGAAUAA